UGACGGUGGCCGAGGAGGAGGGCUGAUCUGAAAAGAGUGGCGGGAGCCGCUCACUUCCUCCGCGGUUUCCCGGCAACUGCAGGUCACCUCCCCAGGGACUUGGCAGGGAAAGACUCUCGGGCGUCCGGACCCCACCGCAAAGGUAGGGUUUCCGCACUGAGGGUCCCGGCACUAGUAAGUGGAAGCCGCCCUGCGGGCGGGCCGGUGACUCCGGGAGGACCUUCCGAGGCGUCGGGCCCGCCCGCAUCGCCGGCUGCGUUGGAGGCUCGGGUGGUGGCGCGGGGCGGCUCCGACUGCGGGUUGGUAGCUCCUGUUUGACGUAAGUAGUUUGACAGGAGCGGAACUACAGUGUCAGUUACGUAUUUUCAUUCUUCACAACUUUUCACCUAUUUCUGUCUCCAUACUGAAAACGAGGAAACCAUAGCCGAGAGAUAAGUGUUUCGCGAUCCGUGGGAGCAGGUGUUGGGCCCAGGAGCACCCCUGCGGACCGAAUGUGCCGUGGACGAUGCCCCUCCUAACCCAGCAUAUCGAAGAUGAGAAUGAUCAGUACAGCUUGGUGGCCAGCCUGGACAACGUUAGGAAUCUCUCCACUAUCCUGAAAGCUAUUCAUUUCCGAGAACAUGCCACGUGUUUUGCUACGAAAAACGGAAUCAAAGUUACCGUGGAAAAUGCAAAGUGUGUGCAAGCAAAUGCUUUUAUUCAGGCUGGAAUAUUUCAAGAGUUUACAGUUCAGGAAGAGUCUGUUACUUUUCGAAUUAAUUUAACUGUCCUUUUAGACUGUUUAUCUAUUUUUGGAUCAAAUCCUAUGCCAGGGACUUUAACUGCACUUCGGAUGUGCUACCAAGGUUAUGGUUACCCUUUGAUGCUGUUCCUUGAGGAAGGAGGAGUGGUGACAGUCUGCAAAAUCAAUACUCAGGAGCCUGAGGAGACUCUGGACUUCGAUUUCUGCAGUACCAAUGUUAUUAAUAAAAUUAUUCUGCAGUCAGAGGGGCUGCGUGAAGCAUUUUCCGAAUUGGAUAUGACAAGUGAGGUCCUACAGAUUACCAUGUCUCCUGACAAGCCUUAUUUCAGGUUAUCUACUUUUGGAAAUGCAGGAAGUUCCCAUCUUGACUAUCCCAAAGAUUCUGAUUUGAUGGAAGCAUUUCAUUGUAAUCAGACCCAGGUCAACAGAUACAAGAUUUCUCUACUGAAACCAUCUACAAAGGCAUUAGUUCUAUCUUGUAAGGUAUCUAUUCGGACAGAUUACCGAGGAUUCCUUUCACUGCAGUAUAUGAUUAGAAAUGAAGAUGGACAAAUAUGUUUUGUGGAAUAUUACUGCUGUCCUGAUGAAGAAGUUCCUGAAUCUUAGUCUUGAGUAUGAUAAUUCACUGUGAUAUUUUAUGUAUACAUUCAUGAUAGGUUAAGUUCUCAUUCUGAGUACAGUACUUUUUAUAAUUUAUUAGAUUUUCUAUAGAGAAGCAUGGAGAAGAUGGGAGCAAGGUCGCUGUAACCUAAUAGUUGCAAUGUAUUUUGUAAAAUGUUUUCAUGUUGUCACAGAUUA